GUAAAAUCACUUGGUCUUGUGCUUGUUCGUCUUGAUAUGGAGCUUGAAUGAUUCUUCCAACAGUGGGAGAAUCUGAACGCCUUGCUUUUAUAUGCUCCUACUAGUGUACAAUUUUAUGCGGUGGAAAGAAAUUCGUGGGGAAUCGAGAUCUUAUACAUAAACGCCGACUGCACAGAUCAUGUAGACCGCACCGAACCUGCAGAAUAUCAGUGAAAGCGGGAGAAUAGCAGCAUGCUUCAUCUUACGCAAUGGCUAACGAAGCAGGUAUUCCAAGAGCUCCGAUGUUGGCGAUGGACCGGUCUAUCACGGUAAUCAGCUAUGGCUCCAUCAAUGAAAAUAGGGAGGACGUACUGAGGCCGAAAAGGCCACUGAGCAGAAGUCCAAUCGUUAAUAACGUGAAGCCCAGGAAGAAGUGGCUGCCUUUUCCAACAGUUGGUACGAAGGGAUUGCCAACGGCACUCUCCCAGACCUGAUGCAAUGGUGACUCCAUAAGCUUCGAAUGGGUUCAAUUACUGCGUGGAGGAAAAUGGAGGUUGUGUUGGAAGGUGCAAUAGUCGAGCUUUGAGAUUGUGAGUUUUGAA